GGCAUUUUCAGUCGUUCUUUAGACGCCGAUACGUGUGGAAGUGUUUUCGUUUUAAAUCGGAGGACGAAAUUUGGAAGUUUGGAUUUUCGCUGAAAUUGUGGGAUGUUUGCGAAAUUUUCUGAUAGCAGAGUGAGUCAACUGUGACAACGAAACGUGGCUUAGUUCUGACUGGUAUUAGAUUUUAUGGGCAUUCUCCGCAUGUAUUUUGCGUGCCGCGUCGCGUUUUAAUUGGGUACAGCUAAAUUUAGAGGAAAAUGAAGAUUUACUAUCGCUGCGAAGAGAUGUGCGAAUUGGAAUAUUGAUCUGCUGUUUGGUUGCUCGGUGGUUCUAUAUUUUCACGAUCCCGUGAUACUUUUCCGCUUUGGCCUCGACGGCCUACAUUGAAUCGGGAGGUGUGCGUUGUAUGUAUGCUUGUCUGCCAGUCGACUCCCGUGAAACACCAGACCAGAUCAAACCAAGCUACGGAAAACAGACGAGGAAAAUCUUCAUCCCAGCUGUUUGGGGUUCACUCUCUGGCAGGCAUGGUAGGAGAGCAUAGAAGAAAACUCAGAAAAUGUGAAUUGCGUGGCGAAUAGAAUUGAUAUAAAUUUUAGCUCGUGUGUGCAUUGUUGGUGUUGGUGGAAGCGUCGAAGUAUAAUAAUAGUGAAAAUCGACGGAAAUUUGUUUUGAUAAAUUGUGCUAUUCAGCAGCUUGUUGUAUUUUGUGACUUGGUGUAUGUCGAAGAAAAAUAAGUAAAAAUUCAAAAAGGCCAAAAUUUAAUCAAAAAGUGUGUACUGUCGGAGCAAAAUUUUGUAGAAUCUCUGCACGAAGUGCGGUAGCAGAGGAAGCCGUCAGUGAGUUUGUUGGUGUAUUAAAAAUAGCUAGCGUGAGCUCACACAUCGUGGUGAAAAACAAGUGAAUGUUUACACAGCUUUGACCGUGCACGUGUGAACAUAUCGACACGACAUCCCGUCACCGGAUUCCCAGUUUCGUUUGCUUGAGAAAGGCGGUGGGAGAAGAUUCACGCAAUCACAAUUCCACGGAUUUGCACCCACCUGAGGACGCGCCACCGUACUGCCUAACUGCUACUCUUCUUCACUGUUCCAUUACACUUGUGAAGAUCGCCGUCAGCACGCAGAGCAACACAAACAUGGAUAAACUCAGCACCGUAAAAAUUGGAUUAUUCUGUUUACUUUUUGGAGCUUUCAUUUCAGCGUGCGCUGCUGCAGUCAAAAUUACACGUCUAAAAGUGCCAUCCACAUACCUGUUAGAUAAGAAUUCCAAGAAUCCCGAUCCCCUGAUAUUGGACUGUGAGUACGAUGUGGACGAGAAAGAAAAAGGGUUCGUGUUGAAGUGGUUCCUCGACGGACAACCGGUGUAUCAGUGGAUACCGUCUAAAAAUCCCUUCCCAUUCCCACCCUUCAAAAACCGCGUCGACACCAGUUACGUCGUGUCACAAGAAAGCCUUCACAAGCACCGGGCAAUGGCCAUCAUCAAGCCACUGGCAAACUUUACCGGAGAGUACGCCUGUAUGGUUCAAACGUUCAAUUCGAUCGACCGAAAGUCCGCCAAGCUGAAAAUCAUCGUUCAAGAGUCCAAGUUUGAUCUCAACUACUACCUGAACGGGGACGGUUACAUCACGGUCGACUGCCACGCACGGGACAUUUCACCACAACCGGAGCUGCAGAUUCGAAUCAACGAUAAAAUAUUCGAAACGCCACAGCCGAGGUCCGUACAGGGUGAGAAUAAUUUGUACAACGUGUCCAUCAGCUGCAGCAUACCGAAGGAGGAGCUCGAAAGUCCCACCACGAUCGAGUGCUACCUAACGGUGCCGGAGACCAACUACACCAAGAAGCGUUCGACGAUUUAUUACGAAUCGCAUCUGAGAACAACAACCAGCACAGUAGCAACCACCACGAUUGUUGGCAUGCUACAAGCGGCACCGGAAAACCUACAGAAAAAGGCCGAAUCGGAUACGGCGAUUGCUGAGGGUAACCAUGAAUUAAAUGCCACCGACGACGGUAGCAGCGCGACGGCUCUACCGAACCAAAUGCGAACCACCUCCGGCCUGAUAGCGACCCUGGUGACAAUAUUGCUCAUCUUCACGUCGACGCUUUUGUAGACGAACUUUAAGCAGUACACCGAGGUCGAAAUUCGUGAUCGAUAUUUGCAUAUGCAUUUUUUCCAUAGAUAAGCAACACACUUUCAAAGUAGCAAAACCGUGGCUUGCAGAUGGCGAGAAAGUGGACCCUAAACUUCGAACAAGUGAUUGAAAUGUGAGUGUUUGCAAGUGAGGUGUCAAAGAAAAAAAAAAAGAAAAUGGUGUGUAGAUAUCGUGUUGGAUUCGGAUCGUUGUGAUGCAGAAGCAAAGAAUGGGGAACAUGAUGUGUUUGUCCUGUGCUAGGCGUGCUUGUGGGUGGAUGAAAUCCUAUCUAAUCCCAAUGCAUACUAAAAGCAAAAAGAUGCUCUGUCUCCUAUAGUCGUACAUAAGUGUUGAAUUGUGCUAGAUUUUUUUUUUACCGAUUACCAUGUAGUGUUUAAGUUUGUCACAGUCAUUGUUUAACCAUCACUUGUAAGAUUUCACCACUUGUUUUAAACCCUAGAUACCAAAGCUACAUACAAACUAAAUCUAUUCCUGAUACCAAAAAUAAUUACACUACCAAAAAGAUAAAACUCAAAGGGUACGAAACGCUAAAUAGUCACUCGAAAGUAAGUAGUUGAAUGUUUUUAUAUAGAUUUUUAUAUUUGUACAACGGAAUUCAUCGCAUCAACCUGUCUACCACCAGAAGAGGUCUGUUUUUCGGUGUAACUAACAAACAACAACAUUCAUUUUCAAAUGCGCGUCAAAGAAAACAAACCACAACCACACACACAUGAAGAUGACAACUGACAUAUAUAGAGGAAGAAAAUAAGUGAAGAAAGAGAAAACAAUUAUAAAAGUAUUUUACAACACGAAUGAAGGAAAAAUAUGAUGCCUUAUGAAAUAUAUAUUAAAGACACUUUUUUUAAACCACUCGACAAUUACGGAUGGGAUGAAAGGCAUGAAUGAUAUUACCAGAAUUAUUACUAUUUAGGUAAGGCGCGGUGAUAAUUUUCAAAAAAUUGUCUCGCUCAGUGUUCUAAAUCGAUGCAGAAGAGAAUAAGGAAGACGUGAAGGAAAAGUACUAACUUGAAGAACAAACAUAUGCAACUAUAUAUAGUCAUAAAUUUAUAUAUUUAAAACGUUAGGUUAAUCAAGAAAUCGAAAAACAAUUAGCUGAUCGCCUGUUCAAUCGGAAAAAAUUGCAGCCAGUUCUAGAUAUGUAAAUGAAAGUAAAAAUCACUUAUUUUAUUCAGUUUUUGUACAGAGACAGCAGAGGAACAUACAUUGUCGGAAAUAAAGAGAAGCGAUACUCGA